GCCAAAGGGAAAGAAAGGCAGUGGUUAAGACAUCAAGCAGUUGGAGAAUUGGAUGAUGCCAAGAUCAUCGAUAGUCUGACCGGGGAAAAAUCCAUCUACAAGCGGCGUGGAGAACUUGACCCACAGCUGGGAAGUCCACAGCAGAAAUGUAAGCGGCUCUCUCUGGUGGUAGAUGUCUCUGGCAGCAUGUACCGCUUCAACGGCGUCGACCGGCGGCUGGAGCGAUCCAUGGAAGCCGUCUGCAUGGUUAUGGAAGCCUUUGAGAACUACGAGGAUAAAUUUAAGGUGACUCCCAGAGGGAAACGGCUCUGAACCAAUCGUGGGUCCGUAAGUGGCUUGGGAG